AGUAUUUCUUUUUUUUUAAUUGCUUAAGAAAAAUCUGAGGGAUUGGCGGUGUUGUCGUCAGAUGAUUCACGAGGAUCACACUGUUACUCUCUUUGAUCUCUUGUCACUUUUCCGUUUCUCUUGUGCCUAAAAAGUUAAAAAAGAUCACACUCCACUUGAGAGAGAGAACUUUAAACUAGUCGACUUCUCGAUUGUCUUCGCUUUAAACACCGUACAAUCGAAUCUCUGUGUCUGAAAGUUUCCAUUUUUCGAUCUGGGUAGAAGCUAGGUUGUUCUGCAAAUAUGGCGGCCAUGAUGAAGCUUCAGUGUACUAGUAGUAGUCCCUUUGGUCUGAACAGAAAGGUUGUUUCUGACUCUGGAAGAGAUAGUUCCUUCUGGGGAGCGGAGGUUGUCAAGGCUAAUCAUCUGAAGGCACAGAGUGGUGGACCUCAGAAGAUUCAGACAAGGCUCAUUCGCUCUGUUCUCACCCCAUCUGUUGAUCAAGAGUCUCAUGAGCCUCUGUUGAGAACUCCAAGAGCAGACCCAAAGAAUGUGGCAUCUAUCAUACUAGGUGGCGGUGCUGGGACUCGCUUGUUCCCUCUUACAAGCAAGAGAGCUAAACCUGCGGUGCCAAUUGGAGGGUGUUACAGGCUGAUAGAUAUACCAAUGAGCAAUUGCAUCAACAGCGGUAUUAGGAAGAUCUUCAUCUUAACUCAGUUCAACUCAUUCUCUCUCAAUCGCCACCUUUCUCGCACUUACAACUUUGGCAAUGGAGUCAACUUCGGUGAUGGUUUUGUUGAGGUUCUUGCUGCAACCCAAACUUCCGGAGAUGCAGGAAAGAAAUGGUUUCAGGGAACUGCUGAUGCUGUUAGGCAGUUUAUAUGGGUCUUUGAGGAUGCCAAGACAAAGAAUGUGGAACAUGUCUUGAUCUUGUCUGGUGAUCAUCUCUAUCGGAUGGAUUACAUGAACUUUGUGCAGAAGCACAUUGAGUCAAAUGCUGAUAUCACAGUUUCUUGUCUUCCCAUGGAUGAGAGCCGUGCUUCGGAUUAUGGCCUGCUUAAAAUUGACGAGUCUGGACAAAUCGUCCAGUUCUCGGAGAAACCAAAGGGAGAUGACUUAAAGGCAAUGCAAGUUGACACUACAGUUCUUGGUCUGCCACCAAAAGAAGCUGCAGAGCUCCCAUACAUUGCAUCGAUGGGAGUUUAUGUGUUUAGAAAAGAGGUUUUGCUAAAUCUUCUAAGAUCGAGUUAUCCUACAUCCAACGACUUUGGUUCUGAGAUCAUCCCGUUGGCCGUGAAAGAGCACAACGUCCAGGCAUUUUUGUUCAACGACUAUUGGGAGGAUAUUGGAACUAUAGGAUCAUUCUUUGAUGCCAACUUAGCUCUCACCGAACAGCCUCCUAAGUUCCAGUUUUACGAUCCGAAAACUCCCUUCUUCACAUCUCCACGGUUCUUGCCACCUACCAAAGUUGAUAAAUGCAGGAUACUCGACUCCAUAGUUUCACAUGGGUGUUUCUUGAGGGAGUGCAGUGUGCAGCACUCUAUUGUGGGAAUACGAUCACGUGUAGAGUCUGGAGUAGAGCUUCAGGAUACAAUGAUGAUGGGAGCAGAUUUCUACCAGACAGAAGCUGAAAUCGCGUCUCUAUUGGCGGAAGGGAAAGUCCCUAUAGGUGUAGGCGAGAACACCAAGAUCAGGUAUCUGAUUCCAAACAAAGCAGAGUCCUCUGUUGUAGCCAUUCAUUGUCUUACUAGUGUUGUAUUGUGUAAAUGCAGGAACUGUAUCAUUGACAAGAACGCCAAGAUCGGGAAGAACGUGGUCAUAGCGAAUGCAGAUGGCGUGGAAGAAGGAGAUAGGCCAGAGGAAGGGUUUUACAUAAGAUCAGGCAUAACCGUUGUGUUGAAGAACGCUACCAUUAGAGAUGGUUUGGUUCUUUAAUCUAAACCGCCAUCGUAGAAGCAGUGUAAAUCUCUCCCUUGGACUUUUUAACGAGAGACAAGACGCUAUGUUCGAUUGAAAUAAUUUAAUAAAACAAGAGGGAUAACUUAAGAAA